GGUUUUCGCCAGCGGUGGUAUCCACUUCAAGAAUCAUUUAGUAAAAAUAAAGUUCAGAUGCUUCAUAGCUGAUGCUCCGGAUUGAUUCCUUGGAGGUAUUCCAAGAGUUUGAAGAAGAUCCUGAAAGACAACGAUCUCUAAGACACUAUCUUAUUAACAUUGGUGGUGUCACAGCUAGAGAUGCUCUCAACCAAUUUCUGAAGGAAGCCAUGACGGAUAGCCUGACACAAAAAUUCUCUUGGACUGGAAAGUCUGUUUCAGAUAAAGAGAAUCUCCAACAGUUAUUUAAUACCUGUAUCGGAAAGGUAUUUUUUGAUGCCUUACGUGAGUGUCGAACAAUACCACAGCCACAUGAUAGUACAGAAUUUGCGAGACUGAUGCAGGAGGCAAUUCGGGGCGCACAAAAAAGAUUGCAGGAUGCAAAACGACGUGCCAAUCGCUCUGUCCAUGUGGAGGGUCGCAGACAAAAAUAUAUGGCUGAAAUGGCUCAUCGUUACGAGGUUGAACACCCAGGACAAUGACACUGUGGAAUAAGAGACCCACAAUUUGCCUAUUAAAGAUCCU